GCGAGGUGAGGCCUCGGCUCAGGCGGGGGUCGUCGGCGCGCCGGGCCCCGCCAUGGCCGUGUCCGAGCUCUACACAAAGUUUGCCAGGGUUUGGAUACCUGAUCCUGAGGAGGUUUGGAAGUCAGCAGAGCUGCUCAAAGAUUAUAAGCCAGGAGAUAAAGUUCUCCUGCUUCACCUCGAAGAGGGAGAGGAUUUGGAAUACCGUCUAGAUCCAGACACCAAGGAGCUGCCUCAUUUACGAAACCCUGACAUACUUGUUGGUGAAAAUGACCUCACAGCCCUCAGCUAUCUUCAUGAGCCUGCUGUGCUCCAUAAUCUCAGAGUACGCUUUAUUGAUUCCAAACUUAUUUAUACAUAUUGUGGUAUAGUCCUAGUAGCUAUAAAUCCUUAUGAACAGCUGCCUAUUUAUGGAGAAGAUAUUAUUAAUGCAUACAGUGGUCAGAACAUGGGCGACAUGGAUCCACAUAUCUUUGCAGUAGCUGAAGAAGCUUACAAGCAAAUGGCCAGGGAUGAACGAAAUCAGUCCAUCAUUGUAAGUGGAGAGUCUGGGGCAGGCAAAACAGUUUCAGCUAAGUAUGCCAUGCGAUACUUUGCAACUGUGAGUGGUUCUGCCAGUGAGGCCAAUGUUGAAGAGAAGGUCUUAGCCUCCAACCCCAUCAUGGAGUCAAUUGGAAAUGCUAAAACAACCAGGAAUGAUAAUAGCAGCCGUUUUGGGAAGUAUAUUGAGAUUGGUUUUGAUAAGAGAUAUCGAAUCAUUGGUGCCAAUAUGAGAACUUACCUUUUAGAGAAAUCCAGAGUGGUGUUCCAGAUUAAAAUGUUGCAAUUGAAAACUCUUCUUGUUUCAAAGGCAGAAGAGGAGAGAAACUAUCAUAUCUUCUAUCAGCUUUGUGCCUCAGCAAAGUUACCCGAAUUUAAAAUGCUGCGAUUAGGAAAUGCAGGUAACUUUCAUUACACGAAGCAAGGUGGCAGUCCUGUGAUUGAAGGAGUGGAUGAUGCAAAGGAGAUGGCACACACCAGGCAGGCCUGCACUUUGCUAGGAAUUAGUGAAUCUUAUCAAAUGGGAAUUUUCCGAAUACUUGCUGGCAUCCUUCACUUAGGCAAUGUUGGAUUUACAUCUCGAGAUUCAGAUAGCUGCACAAUACCUCCCAAGCAUGAACCUCUCAGCAUCUUCUGUGACCUCAUGGGUGUGGACUAUGAGGAGAUGUGUCACUGGCUCUGCCAUCGGAAGCUGGCUACUGCCACAGAGACAUACAUCAAGCCCAUCUCCAAGUUACAGGCCACUAAUGCCCGUGAUGCUUUGGCCAAGCACAUCUAUGCCAAGCUCUUCAACUGGAUUGUAGAUCAUGUUAAUCAGGCUCUCCAUUCUGCUGUCAAACAGCACUCUUUUAUUGGUGUACUGGACAUUUAUGGAUUUGAAACAUUUGAGAUAAAUAGUUUUGAACAGUUUUGCAUAAAUUAUGCAAAUGAAAAACUACAGCAACAAUUCAACAUGCAUGUCUUUAAAUUAGAACAAGAAGAAUAUAUGAAGGAGCAAAUUCCAUGGACACUCAUAGAUUUUUAUGAUAAUCAGCCUUGUAUUAAUCUUAUAGAAUCUAAACUGGGUGUUCUAGAUUUACUGGAUGAGGAAUGCAAGAUGCCAAAAGGCACAGAUGACACUUGGGCCCAAAAAUUGUACAACACACAUUUGAACAAAUGUGCGCUCUUUGAAAAGCCCCGUCUGUCAAACAAAGCUUUCAUCAUCCAGCAUUUUGCUGACAAAGUGGAAUACCAGUGUGAAGGCUUUCUGGAAAAGAAUAAAGACACUGUUUUUGAAGAACAAAUUAAAGUUCUUAAAUCAAGCAAGUUUAAGAUGCUACCAGAACUAUUUCAAGAUGAUGAGAAAACCAUCAGUCCAACCUCAGCCACUUCUUCAGGGCGCAUGCCCCUCACCCGCAUUCCUGCAAAGCCCACCAAAGGCAGGCCAGGCCAGACAGCCAAAGAGCACAAGAAAACAGUGGGACACCAGUUCCGAAACUCCCUUCACCUGCUUAUGGAGACCCUCAAUGCCACUACCCCUCACUAUGUGCGCUGUAUUAAGCCUAAUGACUUCAAGUUCCCAUUCACGUUUGAUGAGAAGAGGGCGGUGCAGCAACUGAGAGCGUGCGGUGUCCUGGAAACCAUCCGAAUUAGCGCGGCGGGUUUCCCCUCACGGUGGACUUACCAAGAAUUUUUCAGCCGCUACCGUGUCCUAAUGAAGCAAAAAGACGUGCUGAGUGACAGAAAACAAACAUGCAAGAAUGUGUUAGAGAAACUGAUACUGGACAAGGACAAAUACCAGUUUGGUAAGACAAAGAUCUUUUUCCGUGCUGGUCAAGUGGCCUAUCUAGAAAAAUUGAGGGCAGACAAGCUGAGGGCUGCCUGUAUCCGGAUCCAGAAGACAAUCCGAGGGUGGCUGCUGAGGAAGAAGUACCUACGCAUGCGGAAGGCUGCCGUCACUGUGCAGAGAUAUGUGCGAGGCUACCAGGCUCGAUGCUACGCUAAGUUUCUACGUAGAACCAAAGCAGCAACCAUCAUUCAGAAGUACUGGCGCAUGUAUGUGGUCUACAGGAGGUACAAGAUUAGACGAGCUGCCACUAUUGUUCUUCAGUCUUAUUUGCGUGGCUACUUGGCCAGAAAUAGGUAUCGCAAGAUACUUCGUGAGCACAAAGCAGUCAUUAUUCAGAAGUGGGUCCGGGGCUGGCUGGCUCGUGCACACUACAAGAGGAGCAUGCAUGCCAUCAUCUAUCUUCAGUGCUGCUUCCGGCGGAUGAUGGCCAAACGUGAGCUGAAGAAGCUCAAAAUCGAGGCUCGCUCUGUGGAGCGUUAUAAGAAGCUCCACAUUGGCAUGGAGAACAAGAUCAUGCAGCUGCAGCGCAAAGUCGACGAGCAGAACAAAGACUACAAAUGCCUCAUGGAGAAACUGACCAAUCUGGAAGGAAUAUACAACUCUGAGACUGAGAAACUACGAAAUGACUUAGAACGCCUUCAACUAAGUGAAGAGGAAGCUAAGAUUGCCACUGGGCGGGUCCUUAGUCUGCAGGAAGAAAUUGCCAAGCUCCGGAAAGACCUGGAACAAACUCGGUCAGAGAAAAAUUCCAUUGAGGAACGGGCAGAUAGGUACAAACAAGAAACAGAGCAGCUGGUAUCAAAUCUGAAGGAAGAAAAUACUUUGUUGAAGCAGGAAAAAGAGGCCCUCAAUCACCUUAUUGUGGAGCAGGCUAAGGAGAUGACAGAAACUAUGGAGAAGAAGUUAGUAGAAGAAACAAAACAACUGGAACUCGAUCUUAAUGAUGAAAGGCUGAGGUAUCAGAACCUUCUGAAUGAGUUCAGUCGCCUAGAAGAACGGUAUGAUGACCUCAAGGAAGAGAUGACCCUGAUGGUGAACAUGCCUAAGCCUGGACACAGGAGAACAGACUCCACCCACAGCAGCAAUGAGUCUGAAUAUACAUUUAGCUCGGAAAUUGCAGAAACUGAAGACAUUCCAUCAAGGACAGAGGAGCCAAGCGAGAAGAAGGUGCCUCUGGACAUGUCGUUGUUCCUCAAGCUCCAGAAGCGGGUCACAGAGCUGGAGCAGGAGAAGCAGGUGAUGCAGGAUGAGCUGGACCGCAAGGAGGAGCAGGUGCUCCGCAGCAAAGCAAAGGAAGAAGAAAGACCACAAAUUAGAGGUGCAGAACUGGAAUAUGAGUCACUCAAGCGUCAAGAACUAGAAUCAGAAAACAAAAAACUGAAAAAUGAGCUAAAUGAGUUACGCAAGGCCCUCAGUGAGAAAAGUGCACCAGAGGUGACCGCUCCAGGUGCACCUGCCUACCGAGUCCUCAUGGAGCAGCUGACAUCUGUGAGUGAGGAGCUUGAUGUCCGCAAGGAGGAAGUCCUUAUCUUGAGGUCUCAGCUGGUGAGCCAGAAAGAGGCCAUCCAACCCAAGAAUACAAUGACAGAUUCCACAAUACUUUUGGAAGAUGUACAAAAAAUGAAAGAUAAAGGUGAAAUAGCGCAAGCAUACAUUGGUUUGAAAGAAACAAACAGAUCAUCUGCUCUGGAUUGCCAUGAGUUGAAUGAGGAUGGAGAGCUGUGGCUGGUUUAUGAAGGGUUAAAACAAGCCAACAGACUCCUGGAAUCCCAGCUCCAGUCACAGAAGAGGAGCCAUGAGAACGAGGCUGAGGCCCUCCGCGGGGAGAUCCAGAGCCUGAAGGAGGAGAACAACCGACAGCAGCAGCUGCUGGCCCAGAACCUGCAGCUGCCCCCAGAGGCCCGGAUCGAGGCCAGCCUGCAGCAUGAGAUAACCCGGCUCACCAACGAAAACCUGUAUUUUGAGGAAUUAUAUGCAGAUGACCCUAAGAAGUAUCAAUCAUAUCGGAUUUCACUUUACAAACGGAUGAUUGAUUUGAUGGAACAACUUGAAAAACAAGAUAAGACGGUCCGAAAACUGAAAAAACAACUGAAAGUAUUUGCGAAAAAAAUUGGUGAACUAGAAGUGGGCCAAAUGGAGAACAUAUCCCCGGGACAGAUCAUAGAUGAACCCAUCCGUCCAGUCAACAUUCCCAGGAAAGAAAAGGAUUUCCAAGGAAUGCUGGAAUACAAGAAGGAGGAUGAGCAAAAACUUGUUAAGAACCUGAUUCUGGAACUGAAGCCACGUGGUGUAGCAGUCAAUUUGAUUCCAGGGUUACCCGCAUAUAUCCUGUUCAUGUGCGUUCGGCAUGCUGACUAUCUGAAUGAUGAUCAGAAAGUAAGGUCAUUGCUAACGUCAACAAUUAACAGCAUCAAAAAAGUAUUAAAGAAAAGAGGUGAUGAUUUUGAAACUGUCUCCUUCUGGCUCUCUAACACAUGCCGCUUUUUGCACUGUUUGAAGCAGUACAGUGGAGAAGAGGGCUUUAUGAAACACAACACAUCUCGCCAGAAUGAACACUGCCUCACCAAUUUUGACCUGGCUGAGUAUCGGCAAGUGCUGAGUGACUUGGCCAUUCAGAUCUAUCAGCAGCUCGUGCGGGUGUUGGAGAACAUCCUUCAGCCAAUGAUUGUCUCAGGCAUGCUGGAGCAUGAAACGAUUCAGGGCGUGUCUGGGGUGAAGCCCACAGGGCUAAGAAAGCGAACCUCCAGUAUUGCCGACGAGGGCACCUACACACUGGACUCCAUCCUCCGCCAACUUAACUCCUUCCACUCAGUCAUGUGUCAGCAUGGCAUGGACCCAGAGCUGGUCAAGCAGGUGGUCAAGCAGAUGUUCUACAUUGUGGGGGCCAUCACCCUAAACAACCUCCUCCUGCGGAAGGACAUGUGCUCCUGGAGUAAAGGCAUGCAGAUUAGGUACAAUGUCAGUCAACUGGAGGAAUGGCUACGUGACAAAAAUCUGAUGAACAGUGGGGCUAAAGAAACCCUGGAACCUCUCAUUCAGGCUGCUCAGCUUUUGCAAGUGAAAAAGAAAACAGAUGAUGAUGCAGAAGCCAUUUGUUCCAUGUGCAAUGCUUUAACUACUGCCCAGAUUGUCAAAGUGUUGAAUUUGUAUACUCCAGUUAAUGAGUUUGAAGAAAGAGUCUCUGUAUCAUUUAUUCGUACUAUACAGAUGCGUUUACGAGACAGGAAAGACUCUCCUCAGCUGCUCAUGGAUGCUAAACACAUCUUUCCUGUCACCUUUCCUUUUAACCCAUCCUCCCUCGCGUUGGAAACCAUCCAGAUUCCAGCCAGUCUGGGCCUGGGAUUCAUUUCACGGGUCUGAAUGUGAUGUCCAGGCAAACAUUGACAGUACAUUUCUUGCCUCAGAUAAGAACCCAUUAUUUCCAGUGAGCUACUGAAAAUACACUUUUAAACAGAAAGUACUGACUAUAUCCUAAACAAGAGGUUAUUAACUGGAAAUCUCCUUAGAAUACUAUCACCACUUUGGAAAGAAAACUAGGCUCCUUUGUGCUGUGUUACCUUUAUAGCAACACUCAUCCUUGACCAGUCAGGUAUUCUGAGUUUACAUGCAGAUGAAUGAUGGAAGGGAGGGAGGAAGGAAGGAAGGAAAGGAGGAAAAACACGUGUCUUCAGCUGCCAGCAUUUAUUUUAAAAUCCUUAUCACUGCAUUUAAAUGGUGUAAAAAACACAAAUUCCAUGUACAAGCAGUUAGGAAGGCACCAACAAAGACCUUCCUCUAUGCUAAACAGAAGAAUUGAAAGAAAAAUCACAAUUGAGUACAUAUCAUAUCAGUUGAGGAAUCAAUUAUGUUGACAGUGUCAAACUGGAUCAAAGAAAUAAACUGGCAAUAUGUAAAGUAAUUGGUCAAGUUAACUUCCUUAUUUUUGUCAGUAUGAUAUAGAGAUAUUAAAAGAAUGUUGGUUUGCUGUGAAGCAUAGAUGUCCAUUUGUACUGUAGUUUACUGAGCAUUUCAAAUUGCUACAUACUGUGUUCUUUAAAAUGUAAGCGAUAUUCUUAUUAGGCAGUACAAUGAGCCUCUCUUACCAACUCUGUUUACAAUUCAAUCAGAUCACAGUUUUAACUGGAUUAUAUGCAAAUAUCUACACAUUCACCUGCACAAGUAGCAGACACUGGGAAGUCAUGUAGUAAUAUGAUAAAAUGCUUGACACUUAGGGGUAGGAUUAGACAAAGUGGCUAUUAUUGAUGUCAUUAUUUAUUCAGGAUGUAUUACAUUGAUGUGCUCAUUAAGUUUCCCUGGAUGGAUAUUGCAUCAGGGUACAGUGUUCUGUGAAGUGACUUAUUUUUAUGUUACCAGAUCAGAUUCCUGCAGUGCUUAUUUUCAACCUUGACAGGUUUUCUUUCUUCUUAAUUUAUUAAGAAUUAAUCUCAGUCACUAUCUAGAAAGGAUUGUCAGAAUAUUCGUGAUUCAGGUUUUGAAACUUUGAUUAUUCUAUAAAUUAUGCAAAAGAAGAUAUGUAAUAAAUAUUUAUGGUUCAGUUUUUUUAAACUUUGCAACUUCUCUAAAUGUUCUCAGAUACCACUGGAUACAUUAAAAAACAUCAAAUUAGAAAUGUUUUAGGAGAUUGUUGAAUUUUGGAGAGGUUCGAUAAGACCCAGAUUCUUGGUUCAAUAAGACCCAGAUUCUGUAAGUUUUCAUUCAGAAAUUCUAAUUAAACAUAUUCUCCAUUUUUCCUAGAAACUUUAUACAGUAAAUCCUGCAGUUUGUGUAAAAAGCAAAUUCUUAGCUUUUAUUAGA